AUGUAUGAGGAACCAGGGUGCUUCGAUCCCAAUAACUCCAUGGCAGAGGGUGUAUAUUCUGGGUUUGCUCAAGCUAUGGCAAACAACCAGAAGCAAUUUGAAGAGAAUCUGGAGCUCUCUGCUGAGGAACUUUCUUAUCAUCACCACAAUCACCAAGAAGAUACAUCUGUUUCCGCUAUGGAACUAGAGUUACAAAAGUAUUUGUCCUUCAAUGUGGAAAACUGUGAUAAUAAUACCUAUAGGUCCCAUAUGAUGCAACAAGUGGUUGACGACCGUAAUCAGCUUCUUUCAUAUGAUCACUCCAACUGGAACACCGGUGAUAUAGGUUUUACCCAAACACCAGACCUUCUCAAUCUCUUUCAGUUGCCCAGAUGCUCUUUGCUUCCAAAUUCAUCCAUCUCCUUCGCAAACUCAAACCAUGACACUACUCCUUUGGGCUUUAUCGAAGACCUCCCAGCCUCAGAUAGCACCUCCGUUUUGUAUGAUCCAUUAUUUCAUCUCAACCUGUCCCCACAACCUCCUUUGUUUAGGGAAUUAUUGCCAUCUAUACCCCAUGGGUACAACUUGCCAACCUCAAGAAGUGAUGCUAAUUCUUUGUUUGGGGAUGAGAGAGAUUCAAACGGAGUAAAGGCUUACCAAGAUGAGGAUGGAGGGAUGCUGGAGUUUACAAGGGACAUGGCUUGUAUUGUUAGAGGGAGUGGAAAUGGCAAGAAGAAAAAGCCCUUUACCACGGAGCGGCAAAGGAGAGAACACUUCAAUAAAAAGUACACGGCCCUGAGGAAUUUGCUUCCUAACCCUAGCAAGAUCGAUAGAGCCUCAAUUGUGGGAGAUGCUAUUGAGUACACCAAAGAGCUUCUUAGAACAGUUAACGAGCUCAAAUUACUAGUUGAGAGAAAAAGAUGUGGUAGAGAGAGAAUCAAGAGGCACAAGACAGAAGACGAUGCUGUAGGGGAUGUUGAGCAGUCCUAUAGCGGUUCUUUAAGGAGUUCCUGGCUUCAGAGAAAAUCCAAGGAUACUGAGGUUGAUGUUCGUAUCAUUGACGAUGAAGUAACCAUCAAACUCGUUCAACGAAAGAAGAUCGACUGCUUGUUAUUUGUUUCUAAAGUUCUUGACGAGCUUCAUUUGGAUCCCCACCAUGUUGCCGGUGGCCACAUUGGUGAUUAUUACAGCUAUCUGUUCAACACAAAGAUAUAUGAAGGUUCUUCAGUUUAUGCUGGUGCGAUAGCCAAUAAGAUCAUUGAGGUUAUGGACACAGAAUAUGCAGCUACUCCAUCCACAGCCACAAGUAUCUAA